AUGUCUGGUCACGGCAAGGGCGGAAAGGGGUUGGGAAAAGGCAGUGCAAAGAGGUUACGAGACAACAUCCAGGGCAUUACAAAGCCUGCGAUCCUCUGCUUGGCUAGCCGCAGCGGGGUGAAGCGCAUCUCGGGGCUGAUCUAUGAAGAGACUCGCAGGGUGCUGAAGGUUUUCCUGGAGAACGUGAUCCGCAACGCGGUGACUUACACCAAGCAGGCCAAGCGGAAGACAGUGAUGGCCAUGGAUGUGGUAUAUGCCCUGAAACACCAGGUGCACCCUGUAUAG